AUGGCCCCAUCAGAAGAUCCUAGUCCCACACCAGAAGUACGGCCAUCAAAACGACGCCGCGUGGCCGUCGCCUGCGAUGCAUGUCGGAGCCGGAAAUCCCGAUGCGAUGGCACCCGGCCUCGCUGCUCACUGUGCACGGAUCUAGGCUUUGAAUGCAUGUAUACACCGCCGGCUACGGCGACGAAUGUAAUCGUGCAGAAGGAGUAUCUGCAUGGGCUGGAAGAUCGGGUAAAGAAGCUUGAGGAUUCGUUGAAGUCUGUUCGGGAUGAUAUUGAUGGGUUGGUGGUGCGUGUUGAUCGGGUGCCAGAGGCACACCCGGUGGCAGUUAGAGGUGGAGCUGGUGUUGGAUCUAGCCAGGAGGCCCACGGGGCUGUUCCUGUUUCUGAUUCCGAGCUGGUUGGGCCCGAGGACUCGGUUGAUGCGAUGGGUGCGAUUUCUUUCGCGGAUGAAGAGGACUCGGGGUUCUUCGGGCCAUCCUCGAAUAUCGCUUUCUUGAGACAUUUGUCUGGGGCGGUAGCUCAGCAAGGAUACCUCUUAUCUCCUGGAGAUGGCACCGGAGUUGCAGAAGGAGGUUUCAUAAGCGUGUCGAAACCACAUUCAGCAAUACGCCAACCAGCACAGGAGAAAGUCAAUGUAUUUGCGUUACCUCCUCAUGCCGAGACUUUGGCAUUGAUUAACCUUUAA